AUGAUGAUAUCGACCAAGUCCAAACCUACCAAGCGCUCCAAGUCCUGGUGGACAGACGAGUGCUCGAAUACAUUCAGAGUGUAUCAGCUGAGCCAUUCGCUGGCUGAUUACAACAAGUUUAAGAAGGUGUGUAAGGACGCCAAGAGUGACUUCUUUGAUGAGCACAUCGCAGAAAUCACUACUUCUCACAAGCGCCCGUGGGACCUGAUGGAAUGGGUCAAACAGCGCAAGCUACCCCCCUGUGAGGCUAUUCGCAAUGGCGACCAGCCUUGCCAUGAUAUGGAUGACCUCUGGGACGCCCUCCACAGCACGUACAACUCAGCCUCUGGUCGUGAGUAUGAUGCCUCAGUUUUAGAUGAGCUUCCUGAUGAGCCGGUCCGUGAAUGGGCUGACUUUUUGGAGCAUGAGUUGUUGAGUGCCCUUAAGGGGUGCUCCAACUCCUCUGCACCUGGACCGGACCACGUCACAUGGGUCCACCUAAAGGAGCUGCUCAAGGACAAACAUGUCCUUGCGCUCCUCAUCGUGUUGGCUAAUGCUUGCCUUAGGGUUGGGCAUUGGCCACGUAUUUUCAAGGAGUCGCUAUCAGUUAUCAUACCAAAGUCGUACAAGCCCUCCUACGCAGUCCCAAAGGCUUUUAGGCCUAUAGUACUCCUCAUCACUUUCAGUAAACUAAUCAAAAAGAUGAUUGCUAACAGGAUACAGUUUGACGCUGUCAAACAUGAUAUCUUUCACCCAAACCAGCUUGGUGGCAUCUGCCAGAGGUCGACCGAGGAUGCUGGAUUAAUCCUAACUCAUCUCGUGCAAGCAGGGUGGGUUAAGGGUCUCCAGACUAGCGCGCUGGCUUUUGACAUUGCGCAGUUCUUCCCUUCUAUCAACCAUGAAAUGUUCAUGGCUGUCCUUUUAGGUCGCUCCACAGUUUACUGCUGGAACACCUUCCAAUCUGACCCACGCUCCGUGGACAUGGGUGUCGGGCAGGGCUCUGCUCUCUCGCCUGUUAUCUCAGGGCUCUUCAUUGCUCCAGUGAUGAAGCUCUUCUACAUCAAAGCAGCAGCACUCAACACGACACUCCUCUCCUUUGUGGAUGAUGGGACCAUUUUGGCCCAAUCCAAACAACUUGAUGAUAAUAAUUUGUUCCACUUUUCACGUUGGCAAGAUGCCUACAAUCCGUCGCUUGACUUGGGGUAUGCCCCGCAUACAGGUGCUACACCUUUGAAGCCCAAGACCUACUGGAGGUACUUGGGCUUUUAUUUCGACUGCAGGCUCACAUUUCAUGAGCACGUCUGCUAUUAUGCCACCAAGGCAUUCACCACUGUGCAAGCCAUGUGCAUGCUCAGAAACUCCACCAGAGGUCUCUCGCCUAAACAGUGGUGCCUCCUUUAUAGAUUGUGUGUGGUUCCCAUUGCCACAUACAGUUAUCAUCUCUGGUACUUCAAUGGCACCCGUAACAAAGGUGCCAUGAGCCAGCUUAAACGGAUGCAGCGAAAAGCUGCUCUAUGGAUCACAGGUGCAUUCUGCACCUCACCCACAGGUGGUCUUGAGACCUUGGCAGGACUCAUCCCCGUCCACCUUAUGCUGAAGAAGUUGGCAACACGUGCAGUGUAUCGCGUUGCCACCCUCUCGGACACUCACCCUCUCUGCUCCAUGAUGGGUGAGAGACUCCUCAAACGGGCUGCACCCCACGCCUGCUCUGCUGCCUUGAUGACCCCAGCCAUGCGAGGAAAGGUCAAGAGCACUGUCAUGGAGGUGGACAAACAUGUCCACACCUUAACUGAGAGCUUUGAGCCCUUUGCGCCUGAAGCUCGCCCUGGUGAUUGGUUAUUGGACCGCUAUGUGGACCGUCUCCACUUCGAUGAGCAUGAUCCUACCCAGGAUAGGCACCCAUACCUAGAUGAGCUCAUCGCGCAAGUGAGGGCCAAUCCUUUAACAUUAUUGGCUGCAACCGAUGGCUCUGUCCCUCGGUCCAACCAGUAUCAGGUGGCUUCAGCUGCCAUCAUUUACAAGGGUCAUCGUGAGCUCGAAAGGACUCGCUAUGUCUCUGGCAGAGUUACUGCCCCUGAUGUGGAGCUCAAUGCCAUUGCGUGCACAGUGCGCCUUGCUGUCAAGCAGGCGAACUGCCAACACAUUAUGGUCUUCACUGACUCUAUGGGCUCGGCCCACAGAGCAGUCGACCCCUCCAUACACGCUGGCCAGGCUUUCAGUCUGUCAGUCUGUCACGCUUUCCAAGAGUGGUUCGAGGCAGAUGAUCUCCACCACAUCACCUUCAUCUACGUUCCUUCUGCUAUGCGCUGGGACAUCCAUGGUGAGGCACACAAGUACAUCACCAAACUCAAAGUCAGAGUUGGACAUCGUAGGAUGGACAACUCCAUUGACACGCUAUGCUCUCGGCUGCGCACUCAAUUCUUGGAGCUCCAACAGCCUGACGGGCAGCCAAUUCAGCCAUUGUACCUCAAUGGGGGACCAUGGCUUUCAACCUUCAGGCACAGUAUUACUGAGUUCGCUCGCGUUUGCCAGUGCAUAACUGGCCAUGCGCCCAUUGGAGUGUAUUACUGUCACUUCAAGAUCAAUGAGCCUCACGGCUGCACUUGCAGGGCUGCUUUGCAGUCCCGCCAGCACAUCCUCUUUUGCUGCCGUGAUAGAUAUUCUGUACACUAUUCUGGAGAAAACGGGGAUAUUGCAUCGUUUUUGAAGUACAACCCUACGGUGUUUGGCUUCAACCGAGACCCUUCAGGGGUUGGAUAA